AUGACUGUGCAGUACAGCACACCCUUCUCUUUCGGCUUGCUCUUCCAGGUUGGGGAAACUCUCCUCUACUGUUGUGACGGCUGGACUUCGACGUCUAUGUUGGCAUCGCAGGCGGCCACCACGGAAUGUUAUUUUCAAGAGGCAAUUGACGCUAUAAUUUUAAGUGACGAUGAAGACGAUGAAGUUGUGCAACAAUACAUAAAUCAUUCGCAAGAUCUGAUUUUACGAGCUGCAACAGAAUACGAAACAAAUCAAUUCGGAGGUACUCGACCUAGCAGAAAAGCAAACAUCAACAGAGGUGCUCAACAAUUGCUUCGGGAUUAUUUCUCCGAAAAUCCCACAUACGGCGAUUCACAGUUCCGACGACGGUUUCGAAUGUCCCGUGACCUGUUUACUAAGAUUGUAGCAGACAUAGAAUCUGCAAACUUGUAUUUCGUGCAAAAGCCAGAUGCAACAGGUAAACUAGGGCUAACUAGCCUCCAGAAAUGCACCGCCGCGAUACGUCAACUUGCAUAUGGUAUGCCAGCCGAUGCUGUAGAUGAGUACCUCAGAUUGGCGGAAUCAACAGCGCUGAAAUGUCUUGAAGAAUUUUGUGGCACCACUUUCCGGAUUUAUAGUUCCAAAUAUUUGAGAUACCCGACGCCUGCUGAUGUGGAGAGAUUGUUACGUGUUGGAAACAAUCGUGGCUUUCCUGGAAUGCUUGGGUCUUUGGACUGUUGCCACUGGAUCUGGAAGAAUUGCCCUACAGCAUGGGCUGGUCAGUUUCGAGGAAAGGAGAAAAAACCAACCAUUGUACUUGAAGCCGUGGCAAGCUAUGAUCUUUGGAUAUGGCAUGCAUUUUUCGGAAUACCAGGUUCAAAUAAUGAUGUGAAUGUUCUCGAUCGUUCACCGUUAUUCUCAGAGAUAUAUGAAGGCAAAGCACCUCCUGCUGAAUAUACAGUUAAUGGACGACAGUAUAGUACUGGCUAUUAUCUGGCAGAUGGUAUUUAUCCACCGUUGGCAACUUUGGUACAGACAAUUUCUUCUCCAGUUGGGUUAAAAAAGAAGUACUUCGCACAAAUGCAGGAGUCUGCUCGCAAAGACGUCGAAAGAGCAUUUGGCGUAUUGAUGGCACGGUUUGCUAUUAUCAAAACCCCGGCUAGGCUCUGGAACAAAAAUGCAUUGGAAUCGAUCAUUAAAACAUGCAUAAUUCUCCAUAACAUGAUCAUUGAGAAUGAAAAAGAUGAUCCGCUAAUCAUGAUGGAAACAAACCGAAAAGCUGGUAAUAAUGAAGUUACAGAAGACAUCAAUCGAAUGGACACAGAGAAUGUGGAGAGAUUCGACUCAUUUUUGUCACGAUAUAAAGCUGUUCAUGAUACAAACCAGCAUUACCAAUUGAGGAAUGAUCUUAUUGAACAUCUGUGGGCGGUUAAAGGAGAAGAAUAUUGA